AUGAGCGUUUGUUCGACUGGCUUUUAUAGGCAUGUAGUACUUAAAAAGCCUUGGCCGAAAAUUCCUAGUCUAAAAGAACUUUGCUAUGCAAAGUAUCUUGAAACCGACAAUUCAGUUCAUUCGUUAGUGAAUCAAUGCCCAUUUCACCAAUUCCCGCUGCUAUACGACUUCGUUAAAAACAAAAUUUGGUACAUUAUUGUUCACCAGCAGCAAAUUGAGGGCAUAUUCAAUAAGUGGGACUUAAAAACCCACCCGAACAUGACCAAUUCUAUCCAACAAGCUAUAAUGCGUCUUGCUGUAGCAAAAAUGGACGAAAUUCAAGUAACUGGUGAACAAUUGAGAGAUAUUCGAAAAGAAAACAGAAUAGCUUACAAACCACAAGAUUCCGCUUUAUUAAUCCAGUCAGACAGGCAACGAGAGCAAGAGACAGAUAUCUGUUUAAACAAUUAUUUAUAA